AUGAGGAAAGAGAACGUUGAGCCGAGCGUUGUAACUUUCAACACGCUGCUAAGUGCCUUGUGUAAGGCUAAGAGAAUGGGAGAAGCCCAAAUACUGUUGAAGGAGAUGAAGGAAUAUGGGUUUGAGCAGGAUGGCUUUACUGUAUCCAUACUUUUGGAUGGUAUGUCGAAGAGUGGCGAUGGAGCAGGCGCAUUGGAAUUGUACGAGACAGCCAUUUCUGACGGAGUUCGGAUCAAUAACUACACCAGUAGUAUUCUUUUGAACGGGCUGUGCAAAGAAGGUAGAGUUGACAAGGCUGAAGAGGUUUUGUCGAAACUGGAGAGUCGUCUGGCUCCUGAUGAAGCGGUUUACAACAAUAUUGUGAACGGGUACUGUCUGGUUGGCGACAUGGAUAGAGCGAUUUUGACCUUGGAGCGCAUGGAAAGAAUUGGGUUGAGACCAAAUAGUAUCACUUUCAAUUGCUUGAUUCACAAGUUUUGCGAAAUGCAGAAGAUGAACGAGGCGGAGAAGUGGAUCGAGAACAUGGUAAAGAAGGGAGUUGCCCCAACUGUGGAGACUUAUAACACUCUGAUUGAUGGCUAUGGACAAGCUUGUGUAUUUGACCGGUGUUUUGAACUUCUAGAUGAAAUGGAAACCAAAGGGUUAAAGCCCAAUGUCGUAAGUUAUGGUUCAUUGAUAAACCGUUUUUGCAAGCAGGGAAAGAUCCUUGAAGCAGAAAUAGUGCUUAGAGAUAUGUUGGGAAAGGGGGUUCUUGCCAAUACACAGAUAUACAAUAUGCUCAUUGAUGGCAGCUGUUUGGCUGGGAAGUUGAAUGAUGCUUUGAGAUUCUUUGAUGAGAUGUCGAGGAGUGAAAUCCCGUUUACACUUGUGACCUUCAAUGCAUUGAUUAACGGUCUUUGUAAAAAGGGGAAGUUAACUGAAGCUGAAGACUUGGUUCAAGAAAUUACCAACCAUGGUAUUAGCCCAGAUGUCAUAACCUACAACUGCUUCAUCUCUGGGUAUGCAAAUGCUGGAAAGAGGCAGAAAUGUCUCGAGGUCUACGAAACUAUGAAGAAGUCAGGAAUCAGACCUACUGUAAGUACGUACCAUCCCUUGAUCAAUGUCUGUAGCAAGGAAGGGGUGGAGAUUGUGGAGAAACUGUUCAAUGAAAUGUCACAAAUGAACUUGGUUCCUGACAGAGUUGUGUAUAAUGCCAUUAUCUUUUCCCUUGUGGAGGCUGGACUUGUUGAAAGAGCCUUCAGUUUACAUGAUGAGAUGAAAGCUAGGGGCAUUCUACCAGACAAGAUGACCUACAAUAGUCUGAUUCUGGGAUGCCUUAGAGAAGGGAAGUUGUCGGAAGUGAACAAUCUCGUCGUCGACAUGAAGGCCAGAGGGAUAGCCCUAAAAGCUGAUACUUACAGUAUUCUGAUUAAAGGCUACUGUGAACUAAAGGAUUUUGGUGGAGCAUACUCUUGGUACAGAGAAAUGUACGACAAUGAUCUCUUGCCAAACGUCGGUAUGUGCAAUGAACUAGCCUCUGGCCUUCGAGAGCAAGGGAAAGAGGAAGAAUCCCAGAUUUUGUGCUCGGAAUUGAGCAUUAAAGGUGUAGAUGAUCCGAACCCCAGUGAGGACCUUCCCUAUCAACAUGUGAUCUGUUAA